AUGAAAAGGAAACUAGGGAGACCUGCCUCAGAUACAGAGACGAUCACGGCUCCUGGCAAGAAAGCACGUGUAACAAAUCAAUCUAAAAGCAAUGGCAACUCGCUCAGGCUGGGGAACGAACUGAGGGACUGGCCAGAAUACUUUCACUCAGCCCCACCCUCCGCGCUUCAUGCUAAAAGCUCGUUCAAGGCCCUGAACACGGUUCUCGCCUUCGUUUCGUCAAAAAGGCAGCUUACUACUACCUUCUCUGCUGUGCGGUCUUCGAUAGAAGGCCUUCUCAAACACUCUUUGGAAAUGAGGAGCAUUACUGAACUGAAGUUUGUAAAGAAAAAAUCCUACGAAGUCUCUUACCUCACCCACUCUUUUAGGGCUUUAAUGCCUGAUCUGAUCAGGUUCUCAUAUAUUCCGAAAUCCGAGUUUCAGACCAGUCAAUCGAAUACAACUCAAUCCAAUGCACACUUCAAUUCUGGUCGAGAGAGUGCGACCGAAGACGCACAUGUACUUGUUUUGGAUUUUACUGAUAGUUUCAAGGGAGCCAAGUCAAAGACCGGUGCUAGGCUAUCUUUGACGGCCCCGACUGCAAUAUCCACCGCGGCUGUGAAGAAAAUGAUUGAGAGGAGAAAUGCCGCGUGCCAAAAUGCGCUGAACGACUUACUGCUGGCGACUUCUGUCAAAGAUGAUCCUGUUUUUCUUCUAAAGGCCGCAGGAAGAGAUCACAUCCCCGUCAACCCAUCUGAAAGUUUGUAUCGAGAAGAGAUGAUCAACGUUAAGGUUCCGACGUCAAACGAACGCCGUUCUAUUGCUGAAGUUGUCGCUGAGCUGCAAACACAAACCUGGGUCGAUGACCAAAUUGUCUAUACUAAGGCUUUUGACGCGAAGGAAGCGCUUACUGAUGUAUUUGAGCCUGCUCUCUCGCAGAUGGUUUCCCGGGGAAUCUCAGAAUCACACAACAUAACUUCUUUCUACAGCCAUCAGGUCGCGGCUAUCCGAGCUAUUCAACGUGGAAUGAAUGUUGUCGUAUCCACAAGCACUGCAUCAGGGAAAAGCGUUAUUUAUCAGGUUCCGCUCUUGACGUUUUUGGAAAAGAAUGCUGGUGUCACUGCCGUGUUUGUCUACCCUACUAAGGCCCGCCACCUGUUUUACAAGACCUUGCCCACGAUGGUCAUGCUGAAUAACAACAGGCACUUGCACAAGACCAAAGAGGUAUCUACUUACGAUGGUGACACACCUCAACAAGAUCGUGCAGUGAUUCGGGAGUCAGCCUCUGUGAUUUUAACGAACUUUGUUAGUCAUACCCGUUCCUUCCUCUGGUGGCCCCCUCCGACGAUGUUUUCCAGGACACCAUUCAUGCAUCUAUACUGCCUCGAGAGGAAUUUUGUGGAUGAACUCCACUAUUACUCUGGAGUUUUCGGAAGUCACGCAGCUAUGAUAAUCAGACGAUUUCGGAGGGUCUGCGCCGCCGUCGGAAACAGACAUAUUCAGUUCAUUUCCUGUAGUGCGACUUUACCAAAUCCUGGCGCCCAUAUGGAGAAAAUGUUUGGGCUAGAUAGUACAAGCCUCGAAGUUUUCACCGAAGAUGGUUCUCCCUCAGGACGCAAAGAUGUUCUCAUCUGGAACCCCAAACUUCGCGACCCCAAGCAACCAAGUCUAGGGAGGUGCAGUUCCAUUGCUGACGCGGCAAGGGUAAUGCGGUUCCUUAUGAAACGGGGCAUACGGGUUAUCCUCUUUUGCAAGGCGAUGAAGACCAUUAAGGCUGAUCUGACUAAUGAAGGUCGACUUGACAUCUUAGAUCGCGUCAGACCUUAUCGUGGGGGAUAUUCACAAGAGGAUCGUCGUCGGAUUGAACAGGACGCGUUUUCAGGCGCGCUUUUAGGCAUAGUCGCGACAAAUGCUUUGGAGCUUGGAAUUGAUAUCGGUGCGCUCGAUGCAGUCAUUAUGCUCGGAUUUCCUAUGACAAUUUCCAACUUUAGACAGCAAUCAGGGAGAGCAGGGCGUCGAUCUCGUGAUUCUCUCUCUGUAUUGAUCGCAGAUUCAUUCCCCGUCGAUCAGUACUACGUCUCCCAUCCCGAAGAACUGUUCGACAGCAAAAUCGACGAUCUCAUCAUAGAGACGGAAAAUAAAAUCAUAUUGGAGGCUCACCUUCAAUGUGCGGGGAAUGAGAUGCCUCUAUCUCCGGCUGACGAGAAAUGGUUUGGACCAUUCAUGCUGCAAGUCUGCGAAACACAAUUAAGUAAGGACAAGGACGGAUGGUACCAUACACACGCGAAAUUCCUGCCAUACCCAUCCACACAUGUUUCAAUCCGCGGGGUCACCGAGGAUAAAUACAUGGUUGUUGAGGUCCAGCUUGGCCAGCCGGCCAAGUCGAGUCUCAUCGAAGAAGUAGAGAUUUCGAGAGCGUUAUUUGAAAUUUAUGAAGGGGGCAUCUUCAUGCAUCAAGGCUCUACAUUUAUUAUCACAGAGGUAAAUCAUGAUGCGAAGUUGGUGAAAACAAUUAGAAGGGACGUCAACUAUAUAACGUCGCCAAGGCAAGAUUCCACGGUCUCGUUGAAUUUCGUAUCUCUAACCGUGCGCCGCGUCAUAACCAAUAGGGAUUUUACUAACGUAGACGCACUUCAAACUCGGCGCAUUAGGGCUAUCAACGCGAAUCGUGUAUAUUAUGGAAGUAAGCAUUCAACAUCCCUCGCAAUUCGCAGGUGUAAAUCUUUGGAGUUAGAGAUCAGCGUAUAUGUCAAAGUAUUUGGAUUUUACAAAAUCAGGAAUGGAGUUAUCCUGGACUCCGUAGAUCUUGAAACUCUUCCGUUGGAACAAGAUACCACCGGCUUUUGGAUUGAUGUGCCAAACACACUCCUUCAACUUAUGCAAUCGAAAGGAAUCAAUGCGGCGGAGGCAAUACAUGCUGCCCAGCAUGCUUUCUUGAACCAAUUCCCUUUAGCAGAAGAUAUUCGGACAGAAUGCAAAGCAGAAGAGAAAGAGUAUAAGGCAGCAGAAUCGCAACGAAAGCGACCAGCACGGUGUGUUGACCGCCCCUGCCUUCAAAUCAGACCACCAAUUUUGUUUAGUCUCAUCUUCUACGAUGCCAUUGGCAAAGGUGGAUGUGUAACUGCGAAGGCUUUCGAUGAAGCCAAAUCGAUACUGGACAAAGCCCACCUAGCCAUUCAAAACUGCCAGUGCGAAAAUGGCUGUACGAGAUGUGUGCAAAGCACCUUCUGCAAAGAGGGGAACAAAGUUUGUUCCAAGCUUGGGGCCGAGAUAAUUUUGAAGCAAAUUCUCGGUCUCGAUAUCAACAAGGAGGGUAUUCCCUACCGCACGGAUCCCUUACCCCACAAUACAAUAGUCGAAGCCUUCCCCGUCUCGGUGGCAGACGGCGUUAACGUUGAAUAUUACUCCAGUAUAUAA